AUGACUGUUGCAAACUCACAUACGCCAGAUAUUCGAAACUGCUUUGAUGUGUGCAUUGUGGGUGCAGGCCCUCACGCUCUGGCCACUCUGUGUGCCCUGCUGACUCCUAAAGCCAAGCUUACUGAUUCGCAGUGUCAGCGGUCCUCUCAAUCUCGAUCGCGUUUACCCUCUGUGUGCGUUGUAGACCCCAAUGGCAGCUGGUUGUACGACUGGAAGCAUAACUUUGAGACUUUAGGCAUAGAUUAUCUGCGUUCGCCCGUUUCUGCCCACCCCGAUGCUCACGAUGAAUCGGCGUUGCUCGAAUUCGCCUUCAGCAGAAAUCGGUGUCACGAGCUCUACGAACCAGACUACUCGCGCACCUGCCUCAAGGGGUUGCCUGAGCUCACAACGGGUCUAUUCAAAUUACCGGGUUCUAAGCUCUUCGCCGAUUUCUGUGAUCACCUGGCCGAGUCCUUAUCCCAUCAGUUUAUCAAAGGUAAAGUAGACGCUAUUAAACGCUGUCCUAAAAACAUGCGAACAUACAACAACGAGACAAUGGACAACAACAUACAGUACAAAGUUACUGUGUCUUGCACAAAUCACACAGCCGCCACCAAUGUGGGCGGCAGCAGCGACAGUGGCAUUGACACCAACGACAGUAGCAGUGAUCAGUGCCACAGGCACGUCUACGCUAAGCAUAUAGUUCUCGCACUCGGCAGUGGGGGCGCCGCAAACGUACCGGAAUCGCUACGGAAAUUUCAGGACACUAAAGAUGUCUACGGUCAAAAGCACAUAGUACAUUCCACAGAGUGUACGUGUGCAAACAACAUUAAGGACGCCGCCAACAGGUAUCAAGAGCAAAACCAAACGGUGUUGGUUAUUGGCGGGGGGUUGAGUGCCGCUCAGGCCGCCCUAGCCGCAAUCCGCACUCAUUCCGGUAACAAGAGGAGAAGAGUGAUACUCUGCUCCCGGAGAGAGCUCGUUACACGGAGGUUCGACCUGCCUCUUCAGUGGCUCGAUCGGAGACACGCGCAGAAGUACAUGUAUGACUUCUAUAGUGUGCCGUACGAACAACGGGGCGAAUGGAUACACGACGUCCGGGGGGGUGGCAGCAUACCUCCCGAGUACAUGAGCAGACUGAUCGCAGCUGAGCGCCAAGGUCAGCUGGAACUGAUGGUCGACACAGUGGAUCGGGUGGAACACGUGACCGAACAGGGUGUGAGUGCAUUGCGCGUGAGCUUUCAGGGCGCCAGUGACAGCAGUAGUAAACAUCUCGAGCCCUUACUAGUCCACAGAGUCAUCCUCGGCACGGGCCAUAAGCCAGAUUGUACGGAGGUGCCACUGUACCGGACUCUGCUCAAGCGGUUCAAGUACAAGUUACCCAUCACCCGAACACCGAAUCCUUUGCCCGUACUGAAUGAGGAUCUCCAGUGGGGUGAGGAGCAGAUCACAGUGGUAGGUAGACUGGCUGCAUUGAGCCUGGGCCCAGAUGCUGGUAACCUCAUGGGCGCCUCGCGGGCUGGUAAGCUGCUGGCAUCUCAGCUGGGUGUAUUUUCGCAUCUGUACACGUGCGAUAAUGUUCUGUCCAAUUCGUUCGGACUGUUGGAUAGUAUAUGA